AUGGCGUACAACGACGAUGCUGUGCUGGCAAAGCUAUCGGCCCUCAAUGAGAGCCAUGACAGCAUUGCGACUGCUGCGCAGUGGAUCAUGUUCCAUAAGAGACAUGCAGAUCGCACAGUUGCCCUAUGGAUGCAGCGUCUUCGAGACUCAUCAAGCACCAAGAGACUAAGCUUGGUCUAUCUUGCAAAUGAGGUCACCCAGCAAUCAAAGGCUCGGCACAAGGACGACUUCCUUGUUGCCUUUUCUCCAGUCAUCGCUGAGGCGACAGCUUUGGCCUACAAGGGAGCGCCAGCUGAGAUCCAGAACAAGCUCAGAAGGGUCAUCGACGUCUGGAAAGACCGCUUCAUUUUCGAGCCGCCGGUUCAACAGGCCAUCGAACGUGGCAUUGAUGAACUCGAUAAGGCUCGCGGAACCGCCAAGGCAAACUUCGCUAGUCCCGGAAUUGGCGGUGGUGGUCCUUCCGUUCCCGCAGAGCUUACUCCGCUCGUCACCUCCUAUACGAAUGUAUCGAAGCUCAACCUGCCCACUAAGACGGCUGUGAGCACCGCCAACCAGGAUUUUGAAAAGGUUACCGACCCCUCGACACCUGUCCCAUCGGCUCCCGUCUACGCGGCAAGACUUAAUGGUCUCUUGAAGAGUUUGGCGAGUGCUGAGGGCGCUGUGGCAGAAUGCGUUAAGGCCCGAAAGGGCCUCAUUGGCGAAUUGGAGAAGAUGCUCAGCGCAAGUCAGGAGGCACUCGCGAACGACGAGAGGCAGCAUGCCGACCUGAUGUCACGUAAGGCAGAGACAGAGGAGAAGAGACGUGAGAUUGAGCAAGCCAUUAUGCGGGGACUGCCGACUCACGAGGCUUCGCAAUCCCCUGGUAACGGAGCAUCCAAGACCCCUGAACCUGAGAGACCAGAAGUCGAGGCGCUUACACCUCCCCCCGUGGAGGCCUUCACACCGCCGUCUGUAGAGGCGCUCACCCCUCCCCCUGUCCAUGAUGAGCCGCCUGUUCCUCACCAUGCAGAAGAGGAUCGUGCCCGCUCAGCAUCGAGCCAGGGUUUCCAGCCUCCAGCAGCUUCGGGCAUUGAGAUGCUGUCAGCCCUUGCCUCGCAGUACCAAUCUAUCCCUGUCUCAGCAAACGGCGCGAAGAAGAGACGCCGAAUCGACGGAGACGAGUUCCCUGACCUCGGAGGUGACGAUGGAAUUGAUGCCGAUGUAGCAGAAAUGCUGCAUCCUCGGCUGCUGCGGAGUGACGGCAGCAUCCAGGUCGGCGAAAAGACAUGCCCGGGCCGACUAUCACCGAGGGGCCCUGCUCAGGUCAGCCUGCGCAAUACCUCGACACCGCCAGUACUACAACAUCCUCUCCUCUCACAGAUUAGAAGCUUCAGCUCGAAGCCCGUUCAAUCAUUACCUGCAGUGCGCUCUGCUGCCAUCCACCGAUCUUCGCUACAGCGACCCGUUCCCCUCUCCCAAAAGCCUCAACUGCCCGGUCCGAUCACGACCUUGCGCUAUUUCUCGAAUGGAUUUUCCAAGCAACGAGACUCCCAGGCUGCAACGCAAACACCGGCUACGCGAGACGGUGGCAGGGACGCGAACCAGACCGAACCCACGUCACAAGAUCCCGAACAACCUGAUGACUUCCAAAAGAGCGAGCGGGCUGCUAAGGCUGCUCAGGUCAACCUCAGUGCCAAGUUGUCAAAGGAGGGCAAGUCGCAAGGCGGCAAGGCCGGAUUUUCCGAGAUUUGGCGAUUGAUCAAGAUUGCGCGGCCGGAGCUGCGGUGGCUGGGAAUCGCCAUGAUCUUCCUCGUCAUCUCAUCCGGAGUCACCAUGUCCAUCCCAUUUUCCGUCGGCAGAAUCCUCGACAUGGCUACCAAAGACCCUGCUGAGGACGCGCGCCUGUUUGGCCUGACCAUGCCGCAGUUUUUCACAGCCUUGGGUGUCAUCUUGACCGUCGGAGCCAUGGCCAACUUUGGACGCGUAAUUCUCCUGCGUAUCGUUGGCGAACGGGUCGUCGCCCGUCUGCGAUCGUCCCUCUAUCGGCGAACGUAUGUACAGGAUGCCGAGUUUUUCGAUGCAAACCGAGUUGGAGACCUCAUUUCGCGACUCAGUUCCGAUACCGUCAUUGUCGGCAAAUCAAUCACCCAGAACAUCAGCGAUGGUCUGCGGGCUCUCUUCAGCGGAGGAGCCGGUUUCUGUGUCAUGGUCUGGCUUAGUCCCAAGUUGACUGGACUUCUCCUAAUCAUGUUGCCGCCCGUCGCAGUCGGAGCCUUCUUCUACGGACGCGCAAUCAGAAACGUGAGCAAGGGAAUCCAGAAGAAUCUCGGUACCUUGACGAAGAUCGCUGAAGAACGCCUCGGCAACGUGAAAACGAGCCAGGCAUUUGUUGGAGAGGUCCAAGAAGUUGGCCGCUACAACCGCCAGGUCAAGAAGAUCUUUGCCUUGGGCAAGAAGGAAUCUACAAUCGCUGCCACUUUCUUCGCCUCGACGGGCUGGGCUGGUAACAUGACCAUCCUUGCCAUGCUCAUUGUUGGCGGUAACUUUGUCCGCGACGGCGCCAUGACGCUGGGAGAUCUGACAUCUUUCAUGAUGUACACGGCUUUUGCAGGAUCUAGUCUGUUUGGCCUUUCGUCUUUCUAUUCAGAGCUGAUGAAAGGAGUGGGUGCUGCCAGCCGCCUCUUCGAGCUGCAAGACCGAAAGCCGGGCAUCUCGCAGACAGUCGGGCUCAAGGUGAAGUCGGCACAGGGCCCGAUUCGGUUCUCAAACGUUUCAUUUGCCUACCCUACACGACCUGCCGUCAAUAUUUUCAACGAUCUCAACUUUGAAAUUCCUUCGGGCAGCAAUGUCUGUGUUGUGGGGCCUUCCGGUGGUGGUAAAUCGACCGUUGCCGGCCUGCUGCUGCGAUUCUACAAUCCUAUCUCUGGCUCUAUUACUAUCAAUGGCGUUGACAUUUCCAAGAUGAAUGUUAAGUCACUGCGACGCCGCAUUGGCAUGGUUGCGCAGGAACCUGUCUUGUUCUCUGGCUCGAUUGCCGACAACAUCUCCUAUGGCAAGCCCAACGCCACCCGAGCUGAAAUUAUCGCAGCUGCGCGGAAGGCGAACUGCAACUUUAUCAGCGACCUUCCCUCUGGAUUGGACACGCAGGUGGGAGCCAGAGGCUCACAAUUGUCGGGAGGUCAGAAGCAGCGCAUCGCCAUUGCGCGAGCGUUGAUCAAGGACCCCGAUAUUCUUAUCCUCGACGAGGCUACCUCUGCCUUGGACGCCGAGUCUGAAACGCUUGUCAACGCCGCCCUUACCUCGCUUCUCAGAGGCAGAAACACGACCAUUUCUAUUGCUCACCGACUGUCAACUAUUAAGCGGUCUGACCUGAUCAUUGUCCUUUCCAACAACGGCGGAGUUGCCGAAAUUGGCAAGUACACGGAGCUUUCUGCCGACAAGGACAGCGCCUUUAGCAAGCUCAUGGAGUGGCAGAUGAGCGGCGGCGACGUUCCCGACCCUCGCUCUAGUGAUAGAGCUCAUAUUACAGAAGAGGAAGAAAUCGAAUCCGACCUAGAGCGGGAGGAGGGUGAAGAGGAGGUUGAGGAGCAGUUGCAGGAGGAGACGAGGGAGAAGGAGGCACGGCGCUGA